AUGAGAUACUAUGCAGUCAAAUGUGUAAUUCAUUCAAAGUAUAUGCUAAAUAUGGAUUGGAUCUAUCUCAUUCGUGUUAUAAUUUGUUUAUUUCUAAUUAAACAAUUCAUCUCUCUUCUAUACAUCAUAUUCAUUUAUACAAUUGGAAAGAGAUUAUUUUCUAAAAGGAAAUUAUUAAAACAAGCUGGUGAAUGGGCAAUUGUCACUGGUGCAACAGAUGGAAUUGGUAAAGUAUAUGCAGAAGAAUUAGCUAAUGAUGGUUUAAAAAUUAUGUUGAUUAGUAGAAAUGAAGAGAAACUUUUGAAUGUUGCUAAUGAAAUUGAACGUAAUUAUCAUGUAGAGACAAGAAUAGUAACAGCUGAUUUUACAAAGACUGAUGUCUAUCAAAGAAUACAAGAAGCUAUAAAUCAAUUAUCAUCAAUUGCUUGUUUAGUGAAUAAUGUUGGUAUGGGUGUUCCUAAAUUAGACUAUUACGCAACAGCAGAUUAUAUAACUAUAGAUUUUAUUAAAAACAUCGUUUUUUGUAAUAAUUUACCUAUUGCUAUGAUGACCCAUAUAGUAUUACCAAAAAUGUUAAAACAAUCAACAACUGGUAUGGCUAUCAUUAAUAUUGGAUCACAUUCUGGUUAUAGAGCUUUCCCAUUUUUAUCAUUAUACUCAGCAACAAAAGCAUUUGUGAAUCAAUUAUCUCGAUCCAUCUCUAAUGAGAACUAUGAUCAUCGUAUUCAUAUACAAACAGUUUGUCCAAUGUUUGUAUCUACAGCAAUGAAUGGUUAUUGUAAAAUGUCAUUAUUUGUCCCGAAUGCAAAAGAAUAUGUUAAAUGUGCAUUAGAUAUGUAUGGUGUUGAAAAGGAAACAUUUGGUUAUAUGGGUCAUGCAAUUAAAGAAUAUUUCACUAGUUUAUUACCAAAUUCAAUUUGGAGAUAUUAUAUGUUAUUUAUGAAAUCAUGGUUUGAUAAACAUAAAAAACAAUAAAAUAUUAUGAUGUACAUUUAGUUGCCAUGGUGAAUAAACAUGAAAGACGGAUAAUUUCAUAUCAUAAAAUUUGAUUGAUUUUUCUUAAUCUUCAGUUUGUUUUUUGUUUCCAUUAUAUAUUAAUCAUAAAUCUUAAAUCAAUAAUUAAUUUCUAUAA